AUGUCGCUUAGAAUCUAUUCUGUAGGAGAUUUUUGCAGAGUCUUGAACGGUUCAUUACAUACCGUUGCAACUUCUGCUUCUCUAUUUUAUCCGUCAUUUGAUCAGGGAAAUCCUCAGUCGAAGGGUUAUGUCAGAGGGGGUCUGUCCUUAAACUUUUAUGAACAAUCUUGCCCACAAGUGGAGUAUAUAGUGAGAGCCAGUCUUAGAUCAAUCUCCCUCACUGAUCCUACUACUCCAGCAGCUAUUUUAAGACUCUUGUUUCAUGAUUGCCAAGUUCAGGGGUGCGAUGCUUCUAUCCUCCUCGAUCCAGAAAGUGACAUUUUUCAAACAGAAAUGGCUUCGAGGAAGAAUUUUGGAAUCCAAAAGAGGGAGACAAUAAACACGAUCAAGGCAGCCGUGGAAGCCGUGUGUCCUCAACAGGUUUCGUGUGCAGACAUUCUCGUAUUGGCUGCUCGCGAGGCGAUUGCCAUGUCCGGAGGGCCAAUGAUAGUCGUUCCUUUGGGACGACGGGAUUCAUCAUCCCCUCCGAACUUUAGACAAGCAGAUGCUUCACUCCCCGAACCAAACAUUGGCCUUGAUGCCACGCUUCAACUUUUCGCGAAAAAAGGGAUGACUGUUGGAGAAUCUGUUGCCAUUUUAGGAGCCCAUACUCUGGGAGUCACUCACUGCUUCAAUCUUGAGAGCCGUUUGUACAAACCAGAAGUUGACAAAAUUGACCCACAAUUUGAAAUUUUCUUGAAAAUGAGCUGUCCGUUGGGGUCAUUUACACCAAAUUCAAGUUUUGUCGUAAAUGAUCCCACUACAUUAUUAUUCGACAACCAAUACUUCGUGAAUUCCAUAAAUGGCCGUGGAGUUUUGAAAAUUGAUGCAGAAAUGCCCCUGGAUCCGCGAACCGCACCGUUUAUUCAAGCAUUUGCUUAUGAUCAAGAGGUAUUUUUUGAGGCCUUUUCAUCAGCUUUUGCGAAAUUGUCUUCUUCGAAUGUCCUCACCGGAAAUCAAGGUGUCAUUAGGACUAAUUGUAAUAGAUUGUACUGA